CAGCUACUGUUUGCUUGAAAGGAUUUCUUUUCCAGUCAUUCGGUAGUGCAACUGUCGUUUGUCGAGCUUCUUGACUUCCCACUACACGGACUCUUUAGUUGUUGCGUUGCUGGUGUGAAGCCUACGACUUCUUUCUCUGACAAGAAACGAUGAAUCCAGAGAGUGCGGUGUACGACGGCUCAUCCGAAGCUGAGACGGAAGGCGCCAGCGAAACGGAUGCAGGGAAGGUCGAGGAAGAUGUCAAAGAUUUCUCAUCACCAAUGCAACUCUUGAAAGACAAGGUGCAGCAGUAUCGGAAAGAACUCCAGGACCUCAAUGCAGGUUCCCAUGCGGAAUACCAACGUCGUGUUACUAAGCUAGAACGGGCUCACGACGAGUCGGUCAGAACGAUAGAAUGCUGGAGAGAUUUCAUGACGUUGGAAAUUGAUUCAGAGUACCGUGGUGAACUAGAGGCAGCAGAAAAGGAAUACGAGACCAAGCGUGCUAACCUCAAGGAUAUGCUGACAGCCGACUUAGCGGACAAGAAGAAAGUGAUAGAAACAGAACGACAGACAAUGGAAUUGACGGGAGAUUCGACCGAAGUGAAGCCGAUUGUAACGAGAAAGUUACGCAAGCGUAUGCAAGAUGUCGUACCGCAGGCUGAGAAGCGUCGGCGACCUGCCAGUAACAUCGCCCUGAACUGUGCACUGGAUGAGGAUGAUGUCAUGGCGGACUUGCUGCGAGUUUACAAGGGCAAACUUCCGGUGUCACUCCGACCUCCGCAGGCGCAAGCAGCGCAAGGCGCACACACAACAUCUGCCACUUCAAGUAACACACUCAGCGAUCAGGGUGUGGAAGUCAAACUGCAAGACGGGAAACUCUUCUACGACAAGAAAGUGUUUAUUCGUGGACAACCGGUGUUCUUGGAUCAGAAAGAUGGUACACGCAUCAGUGGUACUGUGCAAUCAAUCGGGCAGAACGAGGUAUGGGUACGUAAGACUAGUGGCGAUCAGGGGCGUAUCAAGGUGCCCAUUCAGGCCUUGCUGCGUGGAAAGUACUCCGUGCGCAAGCGCUCCACGUAGCCUUCAGCCAUCCAGUAUCCAUCGGGCCGCUGAGAACACCGUGUGCGCCGUCAAUGCUGGUAUGCACUGUAUAUUAUCCUUGGAGUGGAUGGUUGGAUGUUUGUUAUGGUUCCACGUCUAUGCCACGUCUAUGGUUGAGUGUUUGUUUUGGCGUCGCAGGGCUAUGACUGGAUGUUUAUUUCUGGCGUCUCUGCUAUGCCUGGAUGUGUGUUGGCUGCAUGGCCGGAGUGCCAGUGCUAGUGCGGCGUUGUCUUUUGGGCACAUUGGCGGGACACGCUGUACAUUCUUCUUGAAGUGUUUGUGACGUAGGCUGUCUGGAUGCGGCUGUGGGCACCUGCGCUACUACCGCUCUUGCCAUCCCUGACAGAACUAGCGCUGUUAACCGUUCUUGAUGCUCAGCUAAUGGUUACAGUGCAUUGAUCAGCUCCAGUGUGUUCUUCUUGCCGUCUUGAGUGGGUAGCGGUGCUUUUGAGAGAGCUUUGAGAGUGCUUUGAGAGAGCUUUGAGAGUGCUUUGAGAGUGCUUUGAGAGAGCUUUGAGAGUGCUUUGACCCCCCCCUAAUUGAUGCCAGUGGUAUUGGCUAGAUGGUGGUGGUGGAUGCUCUUUUGCUAUCAUUGUUAUUCUGAUGGUUAUGGUGGAGAUGGGGUGUACACGUGACGGGACGGAAGGUUGAACUCACUCGUGCCAGUUCCAUGCAUACCCUUGUGGAUUUUUGUCCUCGGCAAUCUUCGUACGAGCUUCGACGUGCCGGCAUGUCCCCGACCUGCAGAGCUACCAACAUAGCAAUUUGACGCAUUGCGUGCGUGUCUUCCCAGCGUGGCUGGCAACAUUGGCCAUGCUUUAACACUGGUUUGCCGGUGUGGGAGUUCCUGGCCUGACCUGAUGUUCUGUGGGAGUUCCUGGCCUGGGAGUCCCUGGCCUGUCCUGAUGUUCUGUGGAUUUCUCCUUCGUUGAUGCCCGUGGCUGCAAUCUUGUUUAUAGUAGAGAGAGACAGACAACUAUAGCCUAUAUCCCCUUGCUGUCCUUGGCAGCUGCUGCUGUUUGCUAUCAUGGUGCCAGUCGUUGCGUUUGUACGGAGCUGAUCCGGCCGUGCCGUGUUUUCCGAAGAGCGUGUGCGGCGGACCUCCGACCGCCGCUACCUCCGACCGCCGCUACCUCCGACCGCCGCUACCUCCGACCGCCGCUACCUCCGACCGCCGCUAGCAAGGAUCCCAGGCUGAUGGUAGUGUGCUGGGAAGAUGGUCAUCGUAUCCGCAGCAGAAACAGCAGCAGCCGUGGUGGUGGCGGUGACGGUGCUAAUGGCUGUGCUGUGUUGUGAGUUACUGAGUACCACUUGAUGGCCGCAUACGCGCAGUGGCUGUGGUUGCUUGCAAUCAUCACGUGACACCGAUGCCUUGCGCUCUGCUGGAGUGUAGUAUCGCCCACAAGUCAGGGCUGUGCUGCUGCCCGCUGUAUCCACUGCUAGCAUGGCCAACAGUUGCUCCAGUGUUGGUUGAAUGCUACUAGAGCCAUCGCCGCUGCUGUCUCCGCUGUUUCCACUGACAUGACAGGCAGCAGUUGCUCCAGAGCUUGUUUGACUGCUUUCAGAGCCACCACCUCUGCUGUCUUCCCUGCUACGUCCACUGUCUUCACUGGCCGUGACAAGCAGUAAUUGCUCGGGUCCAGUGCAUACUGAUAGGCGUGCUGUGUGCUCAUGCUGUGCGCCAUCGGGCUCCCACGGCCGCAUGUGACAAUUGAUGCACUAUGCAUUAUGCAUGUGUGUGUGUAUGUGUGCGCGUGUGUGCAUCACGGUCAGUGUCACCGCAUGCACUCUAGUUGCAGCUGGUGCUGUGCAUCCAUCCCCGGUGGCGUUCUCGCUGGUAUUGCACCACCCUGUGCCUUGGUAUUCUCACUAGUAUUGCGCCACCUUUUGAUAUGCUGUCCUAAUCACACAUAAUGUACGAGCUCGCCAGCCAGCAAGGCUUUUAUGGCAAUGUGCUGUCUGUUUGUUGCCGUCGACACGGAACUCUGCAUGUUGACCUAUGACUAUGUUCUGCAGAUGUGUAGGCACUGUGCUGCUGGAGUUGUUGACCUUGCUCAGCCUUGCUGUCUCACUAGUGCACUGUAGCACUGCUGUAGAUGCAGUUGUAGUUUUAGUGCUUGUGUAGGGAGUGUGAACCCACUGGAAGCGAAAAUCUUGCUCAUUAUCGCUGUCCAGUUUUAGACUUAAUUACAAUUUAAUUUAAUGUUCGUGGGCAGUCUUCUCACUCUGCCUGUCUGUGUCUCCUUGUUACUAUACAGUGUGGUGCAAUUUCCUGUUCUGCUUUUCUUUUCAAUGCAACUCUUUCUCUCCCUCUUUCUAAUAUACUAGACAUCUGCUCGUAAACCCAUCUACUCCUACAUAGUACUGUACUACUGGUAGUACAGACUUA